AUGUCUGAUGGUGGAGAUAUAACUGUUUUAUUUAAUGAAGCAUUGAGCAAGACGCCUUGCUGCAGGUGUGGAUCGCUUUUCAUUUUCAUCGUACUACUUAUACCACCAGUCACACCACACACCUACGUUCCACGUUUCACUUGUAAAGAUUUACCACCAGCGAAGGUUUUAGAUCAUUGGAGGCAAUCGUUUUCUGUGGAGAAAUUGAUAACAAAUACGAAAACAGAAAAAUACUUGGAUGGCUGGCUUGUACUAAAAACGCAGCUAGCAUAUGAACUGAUAUCCUAUGAUUUUGAACAAAUUCACAAAUCUGCUAAUUUGCCUCUGCAAGAACAAUUUGACAAAUUAUUUGACAAAGUAUUUUGUUUAAAACAUGGUUGUUUCAACUCAACAGACAGCUCCAUCGCUACAUUCUUGAAACAUAACAACAGAUUUCAACUCUCUAAAACUAUGCCUCUUGUCGAGUCUCCUUCCAUCCAAGGCAAGAACUAGAUUGAAAAACAAGAAACAGUGGAAGCCAUCCAUAGCUAAGACUCGAGAUGCAAUAUAUUGUGUGCAUGCAAAAACACUAGGGGAUGUGGAUGAUGUUCAGAAUUAAUAAAUAUUAAUUUAAAUCUAAUCAGUCGGAUUGUUGUGUUAAGCAAAGAAUAUUUCAACCAAAUAAAUCAUGAAUUUGUUAGAAAACUGCGUUUAUUUAAGUAUAUUUCUUUUAAUUCAAACCAAAUAAAUAAGGAAUUUAUUUCAAAACUAAUGCUAGUUAUGUAAAGAAAAAGUUAUUUCAAUUAAAU